AUGUUAAAAACCGAUUCACUUGAUUUCCACAGUUAUCUACCUCCUUAUCGGUCUUUAAUAAAUCCUAAUGCUAGAUAUGAUUAUCGGACUCAUACCCUUAUUCCAUUGACUCAAAAUGAUUUGAAUUUAUUACGAAUUGCUUUCCAAAAGAAGAAGGAAACUCCACCAUCUGCUUUCAAAAUGAAAUAUAAAUCUUUAUUGAGUGAUGUCAGUCGAACAAUUACAAUGAGAUUAAGUAACUCAAAUCUAUUAUCAUCGUCUUCCAACACCAACACCAACACCAACACCAAUAACAACAACAACAACAACAAUAAUAGUGUACUACUAUCUCCUCCUCCACCACCACCACCAUCAUCUAGUUCUACUUUAUCAACUCCCUGUGGUAAUUUAUUGAAUCGUGCAGGUACAACAUCAUCCAGUAUCAGCAAAAUAAAUAAUUCACUGCAGAAUCAAAUUCAAAAUCAAUUGCCCUUAUUUCCUGCUGAAUUACAUAUUAAAAAUCUCCCCAUUGAGAUUUUAGAUUAUAUUUUUUAUUUGAUUGAUGACAUUAUGGAUUACAAAAGUUGUAUGUAUACAUGUAAAUUAUUUUAUUUUUUAGCAAAACCUUAUUAUUAUGAAAAUUUGGUGUUUACAUCAACUUAUCGAUUUGCUCAAUUUGUUACAUAUUUGAGAGUGAACUCAGAAGUGGGACAAUAUGUCCAAUCAAUCGAUUUGUCUGGUAUCAAACCAGGUUAUGAUGAAGAUGAACAAGAAGAAGGUCAAGAUGAAAAUGUUGAAAAUGGGGAAGAUGAAAAUGGAGGAGGAAUUGUAGGUGGAGCUCGAGAUCAUCAUUAUUUAUUGGGAGAAAUUGUUGAUAAUCCUCAUCAUGAAAAAGUGGAUCAAUUCCCUCGAGGAAAAAUCUUGGCUGGUUGGCGAGAUUGGAAAUUCAAAAAUAAUCCAUUGUAUACUAUUCAUCCAUCACCUUCAUUGACAAAAGUUGCAUCAAAUUCCCAAUUUCUGAAUGUUUCUAGUAAAUCAUCUCGAUCAAAUAAUUCUAAAUCAUCUUUAUCAACAACCAAAAAAUUUGUUAAACCAUUUAAAUAUUUUAAAUCAAAAAAGAGAAGAAUGUCUUAUAGUGGAACAACAAAACUUGAAAGGAAAUCACCAAGAUUGGAACAACUUCAAUUGGAUCAGAAUUCAUCAAAUUGGAAUAAGAGAAUUAACCUGCAUCCAUUAAUUAACAAGUUUUUACUUCAUUAUUCAACUUCCAAAGAUUUACCCAUAGGUUAUAUUUUACAUAUGAUUAAUUUAUGUCCAAAUAUUGUGAAUCUUAAUUUAGGAAAUUUGUCCCUUUCUACUGAUUACGAAAUUUCCCGUUCCACUAUUCACAAGUAUCAGAAUUUUGAUUUGAUUAAUAAUUAUCCCAAAGAUUUGAUUUACAAAAUUGAUAACAUUAUGAGAUUAAAUGAUGUUGAUGAUGUUUAUUCGAUUAAUGGGAGUGUAUUACGUUUUGAUAAUCUUAAUAACAAUAACCGAAUCUUGUUUAAAUCAAAUCAAUCAAUUGCUUCAACUGCAUCUUCAGUGUAUUCGGUAACAACAUUUUCAAAACCAAUAAGGAAAUACAAUAGUUUGUUACCUCCAUUACCUCAAACUGUUGCUGAUAUAUCAUAUUUAAAUAAAGGAGAUGGUAAAGUGUAUCUUUCCGAUUUGAAUUUGAAAGAAAUUAAUAGUGCUUAUUUGAAAAAGAUCAAUGAAGAUGAAAUUUUGUCAGCCAUUAUAAAUGUUCAUGGUAAAAAAUUAAUUGAAUAUGAUACCCUGCUUUAUCAAAUUCCAACACCAUUGAAUGUUGAUAUUGCCGGCACAUUAAAAUAUAUUAAUUUAUCGUCAAUGAUUUGGUUGAAUCGUAAAUUGAUUGAAAAGUUUUUGACUAGAUUACUUACGAAAAGGUCACCAGAUUUGAAUAUAUAUGGUAUUUAUUAUAACGAUGAGUUCUCUAAUAAUGACGAACAAGAUUCUGAUGACGACUAUGACUAUGAAGACUCAAACUCAAACUCAAACUCAAACUCAGACUCGGACUCAGACUCAGAUGAUGAAGAGGAAAGACAAUGUCCAAUUAUUUACAAGCAGAAUUUGGUUAUUGAUUUCACUGAUUCUGGAAUGUAUAAGAGCUUACCAUGGGCUAAAAAAAUAGAUCUUAAUAGUUUUGAAGGGUGUCAAUUGGCCAACAAGAUUAUCAACAACGAUUUAAUGACACCACAAGAGCAAGCUCUAAGACGUGAACGAAGAAGAAGAGGCGCUAUUGCAGCAAACUAUUUAGCUUAA